AUGCCUCCCUCCAGCGACCGUGCAGCAGCAGCAGCAGCAGCAGCUGCUGCUGCUGCUGCUGCUGGUACUGCAUCUACUGACGAAGAUGGUGUGGCGGCACCUCGGCUGACUGUACAGCAAUCUGUGUUGCAGCAACAGCAGCAGCAGCAGUUGCAGCAGCGGGAGCAGCAGCAGCAGCAGCAACUGCUGCAUCAUCAGCAGCAGCAGCAGCAGCAGCAGCGGGAGCUGCAGCGUCGUUUAAGCCGCAGGGGCCCUGGGCCUUCUAUGAGGGCCUUGAUGGGGAUUGUCACCGUUGUGUCUCAGCCUGUUGCAGAUUUGUUUGAGUCUCCUCUUGUGUCUCCUAUUACACCUCAACCAACUGUGGGGGUAAAGAGGCAGCAGCGCCGUCAGCAGCGGCAGCAGCAGCAGCAGCAGAAGCAGCAGCAGCAGCAUCAGCAGCAGCAGCAGCACCAGCACCAGCAGCAGCAGCAGCAGGUCGGUGCGCGCCGGAGCAGCACUGCAGCAAGGCAAGAACAAGGGCAACGGCUUCUCGCUGCAGUUAUCUCUAACGGCAGCAGCACCGGCAGCAGCACCAGCAGCGUGCGCAGCAACAGCAGCAGCAGCAGCAGCAACAGCAACAACAGCUGCAGCAGCAGCAGCUCUCUGGGGUCUCUGUGGGAGACUGCCAGACAGGCAGCCCAGGCUUGGCUUGGUGCUGCUGCUUCGGGUGCUGUUGCUGAUGCUGCUGGUGCUGCAACUGCAGCAACAGACACACCUUCGCCGCAGCUAGAAAGAGAAGCUGCAGCAAGAUCUGUGUCUUGUGGAGGUUCGAAACGUGCUGCUGCUGCUGCAGUUGCUUCUUUUGAGGAAGCAGAAGCAGCAGCAGCACGAGCAGCAGCUGCUGCUGCAGUCGCUGCUGCAAAAAGAACAGCAGCAGCAGCAGCAGCACCCACAGCACGCAAACCCCAGCAGCACCAGCAGCAGCAGAAACAGCAGCAACACACGGAUGCUGAUACCACAGACGCCGGUGCUGACAACCAGCAGCAGCAGCAGCUGCAGCAGGGGGGCCUCCGGCAAAGAAAGCAGAAGCAACAGAGCAAGACCGCCGCUCAGGAUAACUCUGAGACUCAGCAGCAGCAGCAGCAGCAGCAGCAGCAGCAGCAGCAGCAGCAAGAACUGUUGCAGCAGAAGGAGCACCACCCACAAGCGGCUGAUCGGUGCCGAUCAGGAGCAAAACCUACGGGAGCAGCAGCAGCUGCAGCAGCAGCUGCAGCAGCAGCAACAGCAGCAACUAGUGUCAUUCCAGAAGCAGCACCGGCAGCAAGACGCAACAAAGUGAGGGAAGCUGCUGCAAAGUCAGCAACUCCCCAAGCAGCAGCAGCAGCAGAAGCAGCAACAGCAGCAGAAGCAGCAGCAGCAGCAGACGCACCAGCAGCAGCACAAGCUGAGCUGCAGCAGGGUCGCGAGGCUUCAAACAGGGAUGAGUUCGCAGAAUGCACAGGCGCAGAGCGGGCGGCGCUGCAGCAGCAGCAGCAGCAGCACAACCUGCAGCAGCAGCAGCAACAGCAACAGCAGAAACAAAAGCAGCCGCAACAGCGAGGAAGGCAGCAGCAGAAAAAGACAGGAGGCACAUCCCCACGCCCUGGAGAGCAGCAACAGCAGCAACAACCGCAGCAAGACCAACAACAGCAACAACGACAGCCCCAUCAGCAGCAGCAGCAGCAACAGCAACAGCAGCGGCAGAAGCGGCAGCAGCAGCAGCAGCAGCGGCAGCAGCAGCACCUGCCUGAGUCUGGUGAGAAGGCAAUACAUCCCGCAGCAGCAACGACACCAAAAUCAGCAGCAUCAGCAGCAGCAGCAGCGGCAGAAGCAGAAGCAGCAGCAGCAGCAGCAGAGAGUGGUUCAGGAAGACGGUAUUUGGUGGAGAUGAGCGCACGAGAGGUUGCUGCAUUAGCUGAUGUUGCUGCUGCUGCUGCUGCUGUUGCUGCUGGGCUCCCCCCUCCCAUGGCUGUAUCGGGAGCAGCAGCAGACGCAGCAUCAGCAGUUGCUGAGACGGCAGCAGUUGCUGCAGAAGAAGCAGCAGCAAGGAGAGGACGAGCAGCAGCAGCAGCAGCAGCAGGUGCUGCUGCUGCUGCUGCUGCUGCGUACACGCACACAGACGAGGACUCCUCCACUGCAGCAGCAACAGCAGCAGCAGCUCCCGCUUCGCCUGCUGCAGCCACGCCGCUGCUGCCAGCAGAAACUGCAGCGGCAGCACCAACCCCAUUGCCCCCAGCAGCAGCACCGCUUGCUGCAGCAACGCACAAAUCUGCGGCAGCAGCAGAAGCAGCAGCAGCAGCUACACCUGCUGCUGCUGAUUCAAAUUGUGCAGGACAGCAGGAGCCAAAGACGCCCACAGAAGAAAAACGCAGAAGAAGCCGCCGGAGAGGUAGGCAGCAGCAGCAGCAGCAGCAAGAGCAAGAACAGCAGCAGCAGCAAGAGCAAGAGCAGCAAAAGCAGCAGCAGCCGCAACUGCCGCAACAGCAGCAGCAGCAGCAACCACAGCAGCAGCAGCAGUCGAAACAACAGCAGCCGCAUCAACAGCAACAGCAGCAGCAGCAGCAACCACAGCAGAGGCAGCAGCAGCCUCAACAGCAGCAGCCGCAACAGCAGAAGCAGCACCAGCCGCAGCAGCAGAAGCAGCAGCAACCGCAGCAACAGCAGCUGCAACACCAGAAGCAGCAGCAGGCGCAACACCAAAAGCAGCAGAAGUCCCAAAAGCAGCAGCAGCAGCAGCAGCAGCAGGCGUGGCCUCAUUCUCAGAAGGCACGUGAAGGCGACCCUCAUCAUAGAGGCCCCCCAGAGGCAGGAGCAGCUUCACAUGCAGCCAAUGCUGCUGAAGAUUCUGCUGCAGCUGCACCUGCAGCACCAGCAGCAGCAGGUGCAGCGGCACCAGCAGCAGCAAGUGCAGCAGCAGCAGCAUCAGGUGCAGCUGACACUGCUGGCCAUACACCCCACCGCUCCCGUGAAGGAGGCCCCAGGAAAAAUCCGUCUAAGGAAAUGGGGCCUGCUGCGAGUUCUGCUGCUGCUGCUCCUGCUGCUGCUUCUGCUCGUGCUGCUGCUGCUCCUGCUCGUGCUGCUGCUGCUCCUAGUGCAGCAGCAGCACCGCCAGCAGCUGCAACAACACCAGCGGAGGCAGGAGAAGCAGAAGUGCAUUGGCCUCCUUUAGGAAAAGCUGCUGCAAUGAGGGGGAGGAGAAACUCUACUGCUGCGUGA